GGGGUUACAGUACUCUGAAGGACACCCACUGCCCUUAAAAGACAGAACACUGGUGAGCAAAGGGUUUAUCAGGACUCUCGCCCUACCAGAAGUUCAGUGUGUUUCCAGGACUUUCAAGGCUUCACUGCUGUCAUGUUGUGAGCUCACUAUCCACUUGUGUUUUUCCACGAAUAAUGAAGAAAACCUGAGUAAUCAUGAAUCUAAUCAUUGAGGUAAAGUAACCUAGUCAUCAUCAAGAGGACAGCUAGUGUUAAACUUCUUUAUAUAUAUUUGAGAAAGGAUUUACAUAUUCAUAAUAACUUUCUGAUCUGGCAGUCCCUAGGUUUGUCAACUACUAAUAACUGGGUGAAUGCUUUGGGUAAUAUUUAAACCAAUUGCAAUUUCUUAGCAGACAUUCUCCCAUCCAGGAGAUGCAGUAAAGUACUGGCAGCAAUAGAUGCUUCUACCAGUAUCUCCUCCUGUCACUGCCACUCUGCACAGGAAAGGAGGGAGAAGAAGCCACCUUACUUCUAUUUGAUAAUCAUUCAACAGAACAGAGGUCCCUAAUGACCCACAUGUAAGUCUAUUGGCUAAGAAAGUUCUAAGGUUGGAACUUCAUUCAGCUAUCGAUAUUUGUAAGAAAAAAAAUUUAAAUAUAAUUUUGAUGCAAAUUUUACUUUCAUUAAGAUACCUACAGGAAAAAAACUCUUAAUUUUCUCUAACAGAAUCGAAAGCUAAAAAAUACUGGUGGGAGGAAUCUACACAUGGUUUCACAACUCCUCUCUCCCUGCGGAAGUAGCAGAAUAUGAGGAAGCCAGUACUGGUCAAGUGACUCUACGGAGGGCCAUUUUCCCUUGUUGUCUUCAAAAAUACUUCAUUUUCUUGGCAUUUCAGGAGAUUACAACAUUAUGUAUUUCAGUUUCUGAGAGCGUUACUGAUUUAUUUCUUUACUCAAAACAAUCCUGGUUUCCAACAUUUCUGAAGAUCUCAAGAUCUGGACUACCAUUGAAGAAAUUCCCAGUAAGGCUCACUUGUAUCUUUAGAGAUGGCAAAUAACUACAAGACAAUUGUUCUACUAAAAGGAUUAGAGGUCAUCAAUGAUUAUCAUUUUAGAAUGGUUAAGUCCUUACUGAGCAGCGAUUUAAAACUUAAUCCAAAAAUGAGAGACGAGUAUGACAAAAUUCAGAUUGCUGACUUGAUGGAAGAAAAGUUCCCAGGUGAUGCUGGUUUGGGCAGACUAACAGAAAUCUUCAAAGAAAUACCAACACUUGGUAACCUUGCUGAAACUCUUAAAAAAGAAAAGUUAAAAGUCAAAGGAAAAACCCCAUCUAAGAAGCAGCAGCAGAAUGAAGUGGAUCCUGGUACACCUGAAUCCACUCCAAGCCACACUCUCACAGCUGAAGGAGCAGAGGAGACUCCUGGAGCUCAGAAAAGAAAAAACUCAUCUGAAGAAGAGACUGGAAUCAAAAGGCAUAAGAUGUCCAAGGAGCAAACCCAGCCUCCCUGUCCUGCAGAAGCCAGCAUGUCCACAGCCAGGAGCCAUUCCCCACCUCCCCAGCCCUCAUCAUCAACUCCAUCCAACACUUCCUCAACUGAGGCACAAAGCCUAAGACCAUUGGUCAGACGUCAGGCAACUGCCAGAAAAAAUAUUUGCUCAAAAGACCCAAUGAUGGUGAUGGUGCUAAAUGCAACAAAGAUAUUCAAAUAUGAAUCCUUAGAAAACGAGCGAAGAAGAAUGUUUCAUGCUACAGUGGUUACGCAGACAGAGUUCUUUCAUGUGAAGGUUUUAAACAUCAACUUGAAGAGGAAAUUCACUAAAAAGAGAAUCAUCAUUAUAUCAAAUUAUUCUAAAUAUAAUAGUCUCCUAGAGGUGAAUGAAACCUCUUCUGUAUUUGAAGCUGGUCCUGACCAAACGUUUCAGGUUCCAAAGGACGUCAUCAAAAGAGCAAGGAAAACUCCGAGGAUCAAUAUUCUUCACAGACAAGCUUCAGGAGACAUUGUAUAUGGAUUAUUUACGCUACAUGACAAAACUAUAAAGAGGAAGGUGACAAUCUAUGAAAUUCUGGAUAAAACAGGGAGAAUGGAUGUAGUAGGAAAAGGAGAAUAUCACAAUAUCCCCUGUGAAAAAGGAGAUAAGCUUCAACUCUUUUGCUUUCGACUGAGAAAGCGGAAAGAUGUGUUACAACUGAUGUCAGAAAUGCAUAGUUUCAUCCGGAUAUGGAAGAAAACAAAGCAGAGAAGCCAUGACUCCAGCAGCAUGGCACUAUGGCAGGAGCAGAGUCAGCUUCCAAAACCUUCAGAGGCUGGCACAACCUUCCCAUUUCAACACAAUCUCAUCAAGACUCCUCAGGUGCCACCAACAACCCCAUCCAGCAGUUCCUUUACCAAGGAUACAACUACUCAAACUUCUGACGUCAAACUCCUGACGAAUUCAGCCCCAGAGCAGAGGCAGCCUCAGCAAACUGCAAUGAAGGACUCAUUUCCACAUGGGUGUCAGCAUCGGGUUUCUCAGUCAUGUGCACAAACCUCAUCAGGCAGUUUCUCAUACAAGGUUGAAGCCCACCUACGAGCACAGUUAUUGUCUGAGAUCCAUAGAACCAACCCACCAACUGUGGCCGGUCCUGUUUCUUCUGAUACUCCACCAACCCCAUCCAGCGGUUCCUUAAAUAAGGUACCGCCUUUCUGUUUCCAUUCCUGUACCUCUAAAACAUAAUUGUAAUGGUAAUCAGAGUCUUCAAAAAGAUUCUCAUUUAAUCUCUGACUAUAUAUUAUUAUUUUAUUACAUUUCUCAUUCAUUUAUCAAUAUAUAAUUGGACACACCACUGGAUUCUAAAGUCCUUCAAUAUCACAAAAUAUGCAUUUAUGAAAUCAUUUCUAUCUUCAAGAAGAUUAUUGUUUUUCAUUAGUGCAAAUGUAGUGUAUGUGGGGAAGUAUCCAGACAAAGAGCGAUGAAUACAACAGUAUGUUUGUACCUUCCAUUCUAAUUUCCUUUCACAAUUUUCCAUUAUGACAAAUGACCAUACCUACGGUUGAUAUUUAAAAUCACUAUGCCUUUCCAUAGCUGAUGUUUUGACAUAAGCUACCUCCUUUGUUUAGAAUCCUUGACUCUCAUCUCUUCAUUUGCCCCAAUAUAUUUCUGGGUCAGCCAAGAUCCCCCUUCCUCAGAAAAAACUUCACUGAUGUCCUCCUUCUACUAUAGAACACAUCAGGCCAAGGUGUCCUGAACAUGUCUCUUUAUUUUAUUUAGAACAUUUAUUAAAAUUCUAAUAAUAGAGUGUUCUUUAAGCAUACUUGAUAAUAAGUUCAGAUUAUAGAUUUCUUGUCCAGGAGAACAUCAGACAAAGGUGAACUAAUGAAUUUAUAUCUGAGUGUUACAAUUAAAUCCAAGCCUGUUUUUGGCCAUGAUAGGACCAGUGGAGUCACCUCCACCUACAGAACAGAAGACUGUGAUCUACAGUGAGAGGGAAGGUAACUAAAGAGAAAGGCAAGAGGAGAAUCAUGUCACUACUCUUUUAGUUGAAGACGUGUAACCACACAGACUAAUUGAAGACAGAUUACCUGUAUACAGGGGUUCUCAAUUUGUGGUAGUUUUUUGGUUUGUUUAUGUUUUUGUUGUUUUUGAUAAGCCCAAGAAUUCCAUUUUCCUCAAUAAAGUCUACAUAUUUAAAUGAGAGUCAGAGCUAACUAGCAUGUCCUCCUUAGCCAUCUUGGCUUAGGUGACCAUGGAUGGAACUCGUGUGUAGUCAUUACCAGCUCAGAUCCACUUUUCUGUCACUUCAUAGACAUAAUUGGACAUCCCAGGACAACAUUUUGGGAAAUAAUUUAUUUCUCCUGCAUUCUGGCUUCGAAGGGACUACAUAAAGUUUUCUUAGGCUCUACCAUUUUAAAUAGGCAUCAAUGUCUGUUCCUAUAGCAAUUAGAUUUAUUUGACUGCAUCUAAACCUCCCUUAGCCCAGGAAUCCCAGGUAGGGUCCUAUGUCUGCUAUACCUAACCACUCAUCUAGCCAUUUCUUCUUUGAUAUCUAGAACUUCCACAGGAGGCCUAGAAAAUAUGUCUGAUUACUUCCUCUGUGAUUCACUAGCUCUGAAAGACAACCUUGCUUUUAUAUAUCUUAGGUCAUCCCUAAGUGAUUGUUUAUAUUUAAUAAUAUGGUUGCUCUAUGCUUUAGGAUUUAAAGCCAAAAGCAGACUAUUCUUAUUUUUCAUCUUUUGUCAUGACUCUCCUAAAUCAAAGAGCACAGAAUGGUUGAAAAAACAAAUAGAGAUAUUACUGGCUUAGAAUUACUACCUGGGAAAAAAAGAAGUUUAUUAGUUUUAUUCCAAUCACUACAACUUUAUCUGGGUUUUCCACAAGAGGGUCAACAUAAAUCACGAUACAUUGCUGAAUCAGGCAGACACAUAAACCUUGCAUAGUAUUUUAAAUAACAAUGAAAAUAAUGAUAUUUUUCUAACUGAGCAUCUACUAGGUAAAAGGUAGAAGUAAAGGCUAUGAUUUUAUGUACAUGAUUGCAUUUAUUCUUCAAUACAGCUCUAUGAGCACAGUAGGAAGAUCACACUCAAGGGAAAAAAUGUGUUCUGCUUUUUUAGACAAGUUAAAUUUGAGAUUCCAACAGGACAUCUAAGAAUUAUCCAUCUGAUACUAUAGAGCUUUAACUUGGACAAUUUUCGCUGGGCCUUUUACUGAAUUACAUCAGUAUAGACAUAGUUGCUAAAACAGUGGAUGUAGCUGAGAGUAUCUGAUAGAAUAGAAAUAAUAAUGCCACUCAUUUACUGAGUACACAGAAUGAUUCAGGAUCUUCUAAGGGUUUUUUCAAUAAGUAUCUUCAUUAAUCUUUUACGAUCCGAUUGUUUCAUGUAUUAACUCAUUUAAUUCUUUGUGGUACACAAUGAGCAGAAGAAAGAGUUAAAUUUGAGGAUGGUCAACAUGGCUCAUAACAGUCCUAUAUUACCAAGGAUGUCCCUAACCAAAUCAGAACACAGAGAUACCCUCUUUCAUGAGAUACAUAUACUGGUCAACACAGAGAUGGUUGGAUCUACAUGACAAAGUUCAUGCUCUUUGUCACAUAUAUUCAUGUGGGAUUCUUGGAACAAAUAAAGGCUAAUAUUGGAACGCAAAAAGAUCAAAACAAAGGUUAACACAUUCAGACACACAGAAAUGCUAAGGCUUUCCAAUUGCUCCAGUUCUCAGAGCCAUUAGUCAAAAGUCCCAAGCCUUCCUUGACAGCAGUUGCACCAAAAAUACCUUUUGUAACUUCCUCCUACCUUUCUGUCCAGUGAGAACUUUCCCCUUAGCCCUUGUCAUUGGACACACCAGCUCCUUUCUCUCUCCUGCUGCUCCCUGACAUCGCCUGCCCUUUCACUUAGGCUCAUGUUGGGUAGGAGUGAAUAUCACAUGUCAUGGUCCCAAUAGAGGGAAAGAUGUGACUCAAAGGACAGGAAUUCAUUAAAGGAUAAAGGUGAGAAUGAGAAAAGAGUCCUUCCUACGGAAAUAGAAGAGAUGUGACCCACAGGGAGGAGAGACAGUGUGACCGAAGGGAGAAAAGUAUGAUCACCUGCAUCUCAACUGGUUUAUUUUUAUCUCUUUCUGCUUCAAGGUCACCCAGGACAAGGAUAUCAAAUAACUACUGUUCAGUCUUUAUUCAAGUGUGGAAAUUUUGCCUGAAUUCCUCCAUGUAAAAACUUGAUGCCAUUGAUAAUAAUGUUUAUGAAGAUAAGAUUGAAGCACAGAAAAUAAUAUAUGUAUAUAUAUCUGGUUGAAAUACAGUAUAUAUACCAGUUAUUAAUUCUAGGAAAUGGAGUAUUACAGGUACAUUUUAUUUCAUUAUUUUUACUGGUUUGCCUUUUCUUCAUAUCAUAAU